AUGAUUGAUGAUGAUGAUGAUGAUGAUGAUGAUGAUGAUGAUGAUGAUGAUGAUGAGGACGAUGAUGAGGAUGAGGAUGAUGAUGAUGAUGAUGAUGAUGAUGAUGAUGAUGAUGAUGAUGAUGAUGAUGAUGAUGAUGAUGAUGAUGAUGAUGAUGAUGAUGAUGAUGAUGAUGAUGAUGAUGAUGAUGAUGAUGAUGAUGAUGAUGAUGAUGAUGAUGAUGAUGAUGAUGAUGAUGAUGAUGAUGAUGAUGAUGAUGAUGAUGAUGAUGAUGAUGAUGAUGAUGAUGAUGAUGAUGAUGAUGAUGAUGAUGAUGAUGAUGAUGAUGAUGAUGAUGAUGAUGAUGAUGAUGAUGAUGAUGAUGAUGAUGAUGAUGAUGAUGAUGAUGAUGAUGAUGAUGAUGAUGAUGAUGAUGAUGAUGAUGAUGAUGAUGAUGAUGAUGAUGAUGAUGAUGAUGAUGAUGAUGAUGAUGAUGAUGAUGAUGAUGAUGAUGAUGAUGAUGAUGAUGAUGAGGAUGAUGAUGAUGUUGAUGAAUACUGA